UUAGAGCCAGAGCUGUUUCCACAGACAGUGUACACAGUGUACGCGGACAUUGAAUCUGAGCGGAUAGUCUCUGUAAGAGACUUUAAUAAAAAAAACUACAGAAUAAUCAAUUGACGUGUGGAUAAAACAGAAGCCGUUUUAUUUUACCGGUUAUUAUUUAAACUGAAAGGUUGUAAGAGCAACACAACCCAGCACAGUCCUCUCCAACAGAAUGGACGCGACUCCUGGGUAAAGUGAAUGAUGUCUCGCUCUGUUUACCUGUCACUCCUGCUGCUCGUGCUAUCGGAUCAUCAACAGGUGACCUCGCGCUCCCAUGGCCCCCGGAACCAGCGUGGAGUCGGAUCAGCCCUGCGGGCUUUAAACACCACACUAACCAUGAUGUACCAAAGCAACAACGAUGAGUGUGACCUUGUGAUGAACGUCAGUGCUGCAGACCGUUGUGCGUUUGUGAAGAACACUCCAGACUGCAACUUGGAAGAUGGCUUCCUCAACUACCUUCAUCUGGCCUUCUGUCUGCUUCCUCCAAACCUCACACCCCUCACCAUCACUCUCUGUGUAAGAUGUAUCCCGAAGUGA